GUUUUCCCAGGAUGCUCUGCGUUGCUGUCAUGGCUGCCUCCAUGUGUAGAUAUCCUCACAUGGGGCUCUAGGCUUGUGUCUUUACGUUACCUGUCGUGACUAGACGCGGGCAGCUUUGGACCCUCGUCCUUUCGCUUUUCUCCUCUCUCGUGGGACACUGUGUCGGGUGCAGCGAUGCCGGGAGAGAUGUGGACGCCGGAGCUGGCGCUUCUGAGGGGCUUCUCCACGGAGGCGGAGCGGCUGUUAUGGAAGCAGGAGGGCAUCUGUGGUUCAGAUAUUGGAGUUUUAUUAGAAUUGGUGUUAGAAGGGAGCUAUGAGGCCUUAUUCCUACAUUCAACGACACAAAAUAUUUUAAAUUCAACCAUGAUGGCAGAAGAAAAGAUUGACAGCUACCUGGAGAAGCAGAUAGUAAAUUUCCUGGAUUGCUCUACAGAUUUGGAAGAAAUUGAAAGACAGCAGCUUGUAUUCCUGCUUGGUGUGAGCAGCUUGCAGCUGUUUGUUCAGAGUAACUGGACUGGGCCUCUCGCCGACUUGCACCCUCAGGAUUUCUUGCCAUCGGCUCUGCUUGAGCAGUUCAGUGAGGUCAAAGGACUGGAUACUAUUAUUAUGGGUCUCCUCAUUCUAGAUGGUGAAUCAAUCUACAGCCUCACUUCAAAGCCCAUACUGCUGCUAAUAGCACGCAUUAUCCUAGUGAACAUCAGACAUAAAUUAACAGCUCUCCAGAGCUUGCCAUGGUGGACUUUGAGAUAUGUGAAUAUUCACCAACAGCUGCUUGAGGAUCGAUCACCUCAGCUUUUUGCUCUUGCCAAAAACUGUAUUGAUCAAGUGAUGAAACUAGAGGAUUUAUUUGAAGGUGAUUCAGGUCGACUUUUGGCUAUUCAAUUUCAUCUGGAAUGUGCACAUAUAUUUUUAUAUUAUUAUGAAUAUAAAGAAGCAAAAGACCGGUUUAGUACUGCUAAAGACAUGAGCAAGUUACAGAUUGACCUGACAGGUGCUUUGGGAAAAAGGACACGAUUCCAGGAAAAUUAUGUGGCACAGCUGAUUGUAGAUGUCCGGAGAGAAGAGGAUGUCCCUUCUAGUCGUGAGUUCAGCCCAGCACCCACGCCUCAGGAGUAUUUGGCCCAGAAUCUUGAGCUCAACGAUGAUACAGUUCUGAAUGAAAUCAAGUUAGCAGAUAGUGAACGGUUUCAGAUGCCAGAGCUGUGCGCUGAGGAGCUCGCUGUGAUCCUCGGAGUCUGCACAAAUUUCCAGAAGAACAACCCAGUUCAUAAGCUAACGGAGGAGGAGCUGCUGGCCUUCACAUCGUGUUUACUUUCACAACCAAAGUUCUGGGCCAUUCAGACGUCAGCCUUGAUCCUCCGGACAAAACUUGAGAGAGGAAGCACACGGCGAGUGGAGCGGGCAAUGCGGCAGACCCAGGCUCUUGCAGACCAGUUUGAAGAUAAAACCACAUCUGUACUGGAACGCCUGAAGAUUUUCUAUUGUUGUCAAGUACCCCCUCACUGGGCUGUUCAGCGCCAGCUUGCAGGUUUGCUGUUUGAGUUGGGAUGCACCACCUCGGCCCUGCAGAUAUUUGAGAAGCUGGAGAUGUGGGAGGACGUGGUCAUCUGCUAUGAGAGGGCGGGGCAGCAUGGGAAGGCAGAAGAAAUCCUUAGGCAAGAACUGGAGAAAAAGGAAACACCAAGUUUAUAUUGCUUGCUUGGAGAUGUCCUGCAAGAUCACUCUUGCUACGACAAGGCCUGGGAGCUGUCCCGACACCGUAGUGCACGUGCCCAGCGCUCCAAAGCUCUCCUCCAUCUUCGGAACAAGGAGUUUCGGGAAUGUGUGGAGUGCUUUGAACGCUCAGUGAAGAUCAAUCCCAUGCAGCUUGGGGUCUGGUUUUCUCUAGGCUGUGCCUACUUGGCCUUGGAAGACUACGGUGGAUCAGCAAAGGCGUUUCAGCGUUGUGUGACCCUAGAGCCCGAUAAUGCCGAGGCUUGGAACAAUUUGUCUACUUCCUAUAUUCGAUUAAAACAAAAAGUCAAAGCUUUUAGAACGUUGCAAGAAGCUCUCAAGUGUAACUAUGAACACUGGCAAAUCUGGGAAAACUACAUCCUCACCAGCACUGAUGUUGGGGAGUUUGGGGAAGCCAUCAAAGCUUACCACCGGCUCCUGGACCUCCGAGACAAAUACAAAGAUGUUCAGGUCCUUAAAAUUCUGGUCCGGGCAGUGGUUAAUGAUAUGACCAGCCGAAGUGGAGAUGUUGCCUCCGGCCUCAAAGGCAAGCUGCAGGAGUUGUUUGGCAGAAUAACCUCAAGGGUGACCAACGACGGAGAAGUGUGGAGACUGUAUGCCCAAGUCCAUGGGGACGGGCAGAGUGAGAAGCCCGAGGAGAAUGACAAGGCAUUCCAGUGUCUCUCGAAGGCGUACAAGUGUGACACACAGUCCAGUUGUUGGGAAAAAGAUGCUACAGCAUUUAAAGAAGUUGUUCAGAGAGCCAUAGGACUCGCUCAUGUGGCUAUAAAAUGCAGUGAGAGCAAGUCCAGUCCCCAGGAAGCUGUACAAGCACUUUCUUCAGUUCGGCUCAAUUUACGUGGCUUGUUAUCCAAAGCAAAGCAAAAUUUUACAGAUGUGGUAAGUGGAGAAGUCUCUGGAGAGCUGGCCAGUGACAUAGCAGCUAUGAAGGCUCUGGAGGCGGAGCUGCAAGACCUCAGCAACCAGCUUCGAAACCGGUACUGACUGAGAAGCAGCUUGUGAUAGAGUCACCUCUGUCUUCUCAAAUCCCUCCAGUACCUGUAUAUCUAAAACACAAGAUUCCAAUUUUUAAAAUAAAUUUGUUUGCCAGCAAACGGA